AUGAAUCUAGAAGAGUUUCUAGCAAUGGAGGAAAGUCGCGAGCAGGACGAGCUGAUCGACCUCCGCGGCCUUGAUUUCGUCUCCGAAUACGACUCACAUCUGAUGUGCCCAAUCUGCCACUGCCCCUUUGUUGACCCUGUUCAUCUACAAUGUGACCAUGUGUUCUGCGGGAGUUGCCUCAGUUCGGCCAUCACCACCUUCCGCUCGGCCGACUCGGACGACUUCCCGUGUCCCUCUUGCCGAGUCCCCGCCAAAGAAAUAUCGACUAGCGUGCCGCGCCUGUUGAUCAACAUGUGCGACGAAAUUCGAGUGCGGUGUCCACUCUUGACUGAGGGAUGUCAAGAAAUCAUUCCUCGGGGUCAUGUCCAGUCGCACGUCGAGAAGUACUGUGGAUAUCGGUUGGUUCCAUGUCCAGACGAUUCUUGCGACAAGAUGAUGCGAAGCAAUGACGUCGGGAUCAAGACUAAGUGCAUGCACGCAGUCCGCUUUUGCUCUCGCUGCGAGGAAAAUGUUGUUGAGCAAGACUUUGAGGAACACGAGAGCAAGCUUUGCCCGGUGCUUGAGGUUUCUUGUGCGCACUGCUUGACAGUUGUAACCCGGGGGGAACUGGAUGCUCACGUGGAAUUAUGUCCCGAAGUUGCGAUUCCUUGCUCAGCAUCCAAAUAUGCUUGUCCAGUGAAGAUCAGGCGCCCAGAUAUUAAAUAUCAUGAACAAAUCUGCCCCUUGGUUGCCAUGGGUCCUUAUUUCGAAGGCCAGAAUGCCAGACUCAACUCCCUCGAGCUAGGAAUGCGCCAUCUGCAGCAGCGAAACGAGAUCUUCGAAGACGGGCUCGCCAACAUUCGAUCAACCCUAGUGGAAUCCACGCGGGUAAAUUCCAACAGUCACAAUAAUAGAUCCUCGGGACAAUCCGGUCGAGAUCAGCAACCACGGACACGUUCAGAAGCUACUCCAGACGACUCUGAAGACCUCGCCACAAGCAUAUUCUCUUCGACUGCCAAUAGCUACCUGCUUUCGCUGCAUGAAUCCCUCCGCGAACAAGUUGGACAGUUAUCCCAUGCCAUCACCGACCUAGACGCCCGUGCCAGCAUGACUAUUAUGAAUGAAUCGCUUCGCAUCAAGGAGGACAUGGCCCUCACAAAUGCUGCGAUGAACAGUGUCCGCAUGCAAGUCCAAUGGCUGAUGAAUCCUCGACUACACCAAGCACCUCGGGGAACUGUUCGUGCCAAUAAUACCGAAGGGACGCGGACCCAGCUUGACUCGUCGGCCUCGACUGCUGGUCCUAGUACCACUUCUGCUCAAUCACUGGGAUUCCUUCGACCCAGGCGGUCCAGUGACACUGGGCGUGAGGGAACCAAGCUGUGA